UUGCAUCUGUGGCUUACAAGGUUUUGAUACAUCUCUCUGCUCCUUGCCUUUGGUAACAGAAGAUUUCUUCCCUUUUGUGUACUGGGAUUUGAAAUGGAACAUGGGUGUUGAUAGCAUGGGAAACUCUCCCAUACACAGAAGGCCAAAGAAAUGAGAUGAUGCUUGCCCAUCUCUUGGAUUCUCCAAUUUGCCUUAAAUGUGUAAGCAGUCAGCAAGUGACAAGCUGCUGUUUCUUCAGAAGAGCAAGCUGAUCACUUGUAAUUAGAAUUAUGACCUUAAGCCCUGUGCUUCAAAAGCUUUCGGUGUUUCCGUGGGUGUGCCGCGAGAUGGCGCAGCGAUCCUGCCUGGGUCCUGAGCCGGCGGCUGUGGGGUGGAUGCGGGGAAGAGCCGAAUGGAGAGGCCCUCCGAAAGGACUCAGGUGCUUUGGAACCGCUGCAGCUAGGAUGAGGGAACAGCAGCAGCCAGGCGUGCAGUUUUCUACAGAUAACACAAAAGCUGAAUUGAAGGUUGGAGGAGAGGUAACAACUGAGCUGACACUUGUUCCAGCCCAACACAGAGAAAAGGGUUGUUCAUGCCUCAGUUUCCGUGAGCUACAGAUAGUAGAGCUGUUGCUCCUGAUCCACCCUGGCUGCCUUUAAAGUCUGGUGAAGAACAGUGCUGGGAUUACUGCUUGGAUUACAGAAGGCAUGCUAAAGGAAUUGCUAGAAGACAGUAAAUCUGUUGCUUGCUUCAUAAGGGACUUCAAAUUAUGUGAUCUUCAACCUUUUCUCAUUCUUGGACUUUCUCAUGUUGAUGGAAACUCAUUCAGGAAAGAAGUACUUAUUUGCUGAGGUAAAGCAAAAGCUGAGGAGGGUUUUGCCAGUGUGCAGCUGAGGAAAGGAACAGUGAGAAAAAUCUGACGUGAUCUACACUCAAAGGUACCUGAAACCUUGCCUAGUGUGAGGGAAACGAGGAUGAAAAAGACACGAGAUUCUACAUCCUGACAGCUGCUUGCGGCAUCGGGAUUUACUGCUCAUCGUCUCAUUAAAGAAAAGUGAAGAUAAACCCAGCUAAAGAGGGAGAGAAGCUAGACUUGGGAAAACUUUAUCUGCUCCUAAUGGACCUAGAGAGAAGUCUGUGUCUAUUCCUGUUAUUGGUGGUGAAGGUUUUUGUGCUUGGAGAGUGCCCUUCCUGACUUGGCCCCUCCCUUUUCAAAAUGAAGGGGUGCACCUGGGUAUUUGUGGCAACUUUACUUUGUCAGCAGUUUUGCCUCUUCAGAGUUACGGCAGCAAAGAGAGAGAGAAAGAUGAAGAAAGAACCGAAUCAGUAUACAGAGCCUUUCAAUGCCACCCUCUCAAACAGUGAAGAGCUGCACGGGCAUCCCAAGAUCCUAGAAUCUCCAGAUCCUCGAAUCACAGAUCCACGGCGGACCUGGAUCUCCUUUGUUCACCGCCCAGAUGAUGGCAAUACCUCUAAAAGGAGAUGCAAAGGGAAAGACAAGAAAUUACGUGGCCUAGUUGGGCCCCCAGGACCUCCUGGCCCCCAGGGACCUCCAGGAGCACCUGGUGCUGAAGUCACCCGGGAAGUCCUUCUGCAGGAGUUUAAGGAGAUAUUAAAAGAAGCCGUUGAGCGUCGAGCAUCCCUGGCUAUUUCAGCCCAUCCUAGCCAGCUGCCUCCACUCCUGCUCUCCUUGGAGGAAGUUUCACCCCACAGACGUGUAGAGGAGGCAUUCCAUUGCAAGCUAAAAGGACAAGUCAUUGUAGAUAAGAAGACUCUGGUAGAACUUCAGAACUUCCAGUCGGUGAGAAGGGAUUACAGACUGAACCUGUGCAACUCCACAACAGCCAUUCCUCUGGCCAAAGGAGCUUUUCUCCGCGGGACAGGAUUAAAUCUGGCAACAGGACGUUUCACAGCACCUGUGUCUGGCAUCUACCAGUUUUCAGCCAAUGUCCACAUUGACCACAGUGAGUUGAAGAGUAAAGUCCAACUCCGAGCCAGAGAUAAUGUCCGAGUGUUGAUCUGCAUUGAAUCUCUGUGCCACCGAUACACCUGGGUCCUGAAUGGAUCACAGCAUCUCACUCGUGUUGCCAUGGAAGCUUUGGAGUGAUGAGGAGAAUGAAUAGGUGGGAAAUAGAGGUGAAUGGGUCCUCAGGCAGAAAGUUGCAGGGCUUGUAUAGAGGUAUAUGAUACCUUCUCACAGCCGUCAGCUGCCUUGUGGAGCUUGCUCAGAUAACCAUCCUUAUUUUUCCUCUGCUGACAUCCAUUAGCAAAACUCUGGUAAAGAAAUGCUUUUGUUAGGCCAUGCCACCCUUGGCUAUUGCUCUUUAUGCAGUGGGACAUGGCAUCAGCAUGCUGUUGGCUGCUCUUGUUUGCUGUGCUUCUGUCAUCCUUUCAGUUGCAACAUACAGGUGCCCUGUGUCUCAGAGAAGGCCUGCUUGCUCAGGAGGAGUUUGACAAGCUUGGCUUGGAGGAAGGGGCUGGGGAGCCCCUGGGCUGGGCUGAAUUGCACCCAGCAGAGGGCAAUGCUGCUUGCACAGAAUGGCCACCACCUUUACUUGUGGCUGGGUCCUUGUCACAGGAGGAAAAAUGCCUGUACAGGGCUGUACAGAUUUGCUCUGCCCUGCUUGCAGCUGUAGCAACACCCUUUCAAUAGCACCACUGAAAUAUAUCCAUAAAACGCCUCCAUGGGUGCAACUUAAAACCCACAAACCCGUAAGUUUGCUGCUGGACUGGCUGCUUCAGCCCUUGCCUUCCCUGCUGCAUGGGUGCUGCAAAUAGGACUGAACUCUCCACAGGCAUUUCAAUUUAGAGGCUUUAUGGGCGGGUGAAUUUGACAUGGAGCUUCAUAUAAUAAAUAAACCUUUCUUAGGUUUCAUUGGCCAGUAGAAAAGACUUGAUUGGUAUUGGAGUACCCGUUACUAACUAGGUAAGAGGGAGCUGUGCACCCACUGACCUGAUGGGAAGUCAAGGAGCUUGCUGACUGGAGCAUCUGGCAUGUCCUCAGUGUUGUAGAUUGUUUUAUAACAGUCUUUGCUGUGAUUGCAGCACUGAAAAUGCGGCAGUGACAGACUGGCUGCAGUCACAACGUGAGCAGAAGAAGAAGAAGGGUGUAACUUCUUGCCCCUUGAAGGGACGCCUUGUAUUCUGCUAAGCUGCAGAACUUAGGGGAUGUUUAAUUUCUGGCACUUGUGAGAAUUCCUUUAGAUCAUGCUAAGAAUGAACCUCAGCCUGAUCUUGAAAUCUGGGAUGCGUGUUGACAGUGCGUGAUCCUGGGACAGCCCAGGCCUUUCAUCACAGGGGUGGAACAAGUACGAGUAGGGCAGAAUGUUACUGUCCUUCUUAUGAGUAGCUCUCACAAAUUGUCUUUGCACAGUGCAGAUCCCUAUUCCUGUCCUUUUACUCUGCAUGGCAACAUCCAGUCA